UCUGUUUAUAAUUCCCCGCAUUUCCUCGUACUUGGUAUUCAAACAUUGUACCUGAUCAACCUCAAACAUAUCAAAUCAAACGUCCAGUUCCUCGUCUGUCAACAAGAGCCAAAAUGUACAUCCCAUCCCCACAAGCAAUCCUUACAGCCGGCCUCGUCGCCACUGGCUGCAUGAGCCCCAAGACCUCGAUGAAACCAUCCGAAGUCGCCUCCGGCUCCAUUAUGGACUUCGCAGUCGAGAAGUGCGUUGACGCGGACGGCAACCAGCGGUGCAGCAAGCCCUUCCUGGUCGAGAAAGCCACCUGCUAUAAUAUUGAGUGGAGCACGGAGGGUACUCUGAGCCAUACGACGGUGGAGGUUAAAGAUGCGGGGAGUGGCGAGAUGGUGUUUUAUCGGGAUACGAAUGGGGAGUGGACUCCGGAUAAGAGCGAGGUGAGUUUCAUUUGGAGGGGAGGGCGAAGAGUGAGGGGAUUGAGUUAAUGAGUUGACUGAUAGUUGGUUUACAUGGAUUUCAAGCCGAAGGUCUGGAAAACUGGUAACGAUACCGUUAAUUAUAAGGUCAC